UCCGCGCAUCCCAGUGUCUCUCUAGGGAUCUAAUUUCUAUGAUGGCACUGAGCCUGAAGUAUCCGGAACCGUUGGUCAUUGAGUUCUUGCCGAGGACGUAUGGAGAGAAUGCAGUACAGCCCCGAAAGCGCUGGCUAAAGCUCAUUCUACGUUCCUCUCGCUCUCAGUGGCACCUUAAAGUCUCCUUUCACGGCACUAUUCAGGACGACCAGCACCCGAUCUUUGGCAAAAAGCUGAAGCGACGGAAUGAUCUGCAAGAUCUCUGUCGCUGUAUUGAUUUUCGCCGGAUACAACUUCUAGAUAACACGGUUACCGAGGUUAUCCUGUCGCUUGACCCCGGUACGCAGAGCGUCAGGCUGCCAUGCCAGACACAACCGGCUGCAGAUAGCGAAUAUAUCUCCGUCAUCAGCCACCUCUGGGUCCGGACCCUGGAAGACCCGCUCCGAAUACGAUUCCCUGUUUUCGAUAACGACAGUGGUAUACCUACCAAGGAGCUAUCUGAAAUUAGGGAGAAAGAAGAGCUUAACGGUCACUCUGUUUACAAGGUGCUCCUCUAUGGCGAUGAGACAGUAUAUGUCUAUAAGGAAGUUGAGCGGCCCCACUACGUUCCCCCGGAUACCGAGGUGCUGCAGCAGGAGCUACAGAACUUGGAGCUAUUUCGCGGUAAUACAGUUGGCAUUGUGCAGCUAGUCGCGGCCGUUAUCUCGCAGAAUCCAUACCAGACCACUCAGACCGGCAAAGAGAACGAUUCCAACGUAUUACGUGGGAUUCUCCUCGAGUACCAUCCGAACGGAACACUAGAAGAUACAUUGAAAUCACCAAAGGCCGAGACCAAUGGGCGCUGGUGCCAGUGGGCGCUCCAGAUCGCCUCGGCUCUUGCUGAAAUGCAUCAGCGCGGACUGGCUCACAUGGAUCUAAAGCCCGCUAAUAUUGUUAUUAGCGCCGACUUUGACGCGGUGUUAAUUGACAUCAGCGGCAUUGGAGGGGUCACUCGUCAGUGGCUCUCCCCGGAGAUGCUCGAUAAAGGGGAUGAUCCACUGUCUUGGAGUAUCGAGGCACGGAAACAAAAUGACAUUUGGGCGCUCGGGCGAAUCAUGUUGGCAAUGGCCGAUGCGUGCUGUACCGAUGAUGAAGAGCAACUGCUGAGGAGCGUUGCGCAAGCUGCUGCACGACCCCUUCCACGAAUUCCUCUCAGCGACGCCAUCACGACCUUGUCGAGCGCCCUUCUGAGUCUUGACCAUAGCGACAGCUCUACCGGACUACCAAAAGAAAAUGGAGGGGCCUAGAUAAAGCGGCUUUUACAGACUAUCGUUGCCGCUACAGAUCACCGGUCCCGAUCCCGCCGACGACUGCCCUCCCAGCUUCCCAUCCCGCAACGCCUUGGUUAUGGGGUCGCAGUGCCUGAGGCGUCUCCUCGGGACUAGAGGCCGCUUGAGGACUACGAUGCCAACGACCGUCCUUCGAGCCUUGUAGCAGCUUCGACUACCUCCUCCUCCUCCUGAAGGUCCCCAAUAAUUAGG